UGUAGGAACCUGGGGCGUCACGAAAACGAGGAAGAACCUUGAAUCGACUGACAUUUGUUGCUUCUUCUAUGCUUGGCCGAUAAUUCAAGGAAACUUGUCAUUUGAAAAAGCUCCUGAUGUGUAGCUUAAUCUCUUCACAACUGUAUUGGUGAAAGCAAUUGAUACCAUGGUUCCAAUGGAAACUGAGGAGGCUACAGAUUCUUUGGUGAAAGCUCACAGCAAAUUUGGGAUUGCUCAACUAGUUGACCCUGGAAUUGUGGCUUCAGCAAAUGUACCUGAGAUUUGGACUUGCCAAGAGAGGCUUCCUGAGUUGUUAGAAGGUGGAGUUUGUGAGACAGUGAUGCCACUGGCUUCGAAUUCCCAAGCUGUCUCCACAGAGUUACCUUUGAAUGUAGUGGAAGGUUUGAUUAGAGAAGAAAAUAGUACAACUAGUUAUGAUGCUGAUGGUAUUUUGAACCAAGGGUUUUCUGAAGAAUCUGCACUUCGUUUACCAGACCCUGCCUCUACGUUUGAUAUUCACGGCUCUGCUAGAUCAGAUCAGGGUGCUCAAAUUACAGGUUCUCCACCAUUUUCAUCAGUUCUCUCCCAAAAUAUCACAUCAGCAGCAGAGCACUGGACUUCGAGAUCAGCUUCUAUAGUUAACCACGCCGAGGAUGUCCAUGAAGGUCAGCCUCCUAACAUCUCGUAUUGUGGAUCAGCUGUCAACACAUCAGCAGAUACAUCUCUUCCCAACAAUUCUAUGGGACUGAGUUCUCGGUUACAUUUCCCUUCGUUCAAUGACAUAUGUGACUACGAACUGGACAAGCUUAACAAAGAACAAGGGACCUUAAGGAAAAACUUUGAAGUAACAACAUCAGAGUUGAAGGCUGAACUCGAAAGGAAGAUGGCUGAAGCACGCAGUGAGUACGAUAUGAAAUCCCAAGAGAUAGAUACUGAAUAUAAUGACAAUGCGAAGAAGAUUGAAGCCUUUAGGAGUUUGGUUGCCAUGAACAGUCUCUUGGCGAGCGCUUACAAGUCUUCAUGUCCAGUGAAGGGUGCAGCCACAGAUACUGCAGCUGUUAGAGCUAGGAGCUCCCAUCAUUCAACGCGGCAGCAGCAAGCAGUACAAACGAGCACAAAUAUGAAUUCAACUGCCCCUCGACCCUCAGUCACAACAGCGGAAGCUCCAAUUCCUUCAGGUCCUCUUUCCCAUUUCCCGCGCUGCAAUAUGCCUCAACCGAGACCAAUAUCUCAGCAAUCUAACCCACAUAGGAAUUCAACCGCUCUUCCUGGCCUAUCAAUCACAGCAGAAACUCUUCCUCUACAUUCACCUCACUUCAACACGCCUAAGCCAAGACCAAUAUCUCAGCUACCAGUUGUACAGUCAGCCACGGAUAUUAUUUCAACUGCCACCCCUCCCCUAGCCUCAGUCACAUCAGAAGCUGUAUCUUUGCACUCCCCACCCUGCAACACUCCUCAGCCAAGACCGCCGCCUUUAAUCUCCAACCACACUCCAUCUUCUUAUUCAGCAGCUUCUACUCCACCUGUGCAUGGUAUAGUGCGGCGAACCAUGGCACCUCAUUUAAGAACAUCUCGACCUCCCAACUCUACUGCUGCACCAACAACAAAUCCAACAAGGCUGGUUCAAGAACAACAACAGCAACAACAACAACAACAACAAGGGAAUUCAAACAGUAGCUUGGUCUACCUCUCUGAUGACGAUUAGUGACAUAUCCUUGAGAGUAUAUAUAUAGUAUAUAGCUUUUGUAGCUUCUCUUAAGGAUAGAUAUAGGUAUUGAAGCCCUUAAAACAAACGAGAAUGCCACUAACGAAGAAACAGUUCCAAUGGAAACAUGUAUCGGAACGUAGACUGCUGCUUAUAUAUGUUUUGCGUAAUGGAAUGCUAAUUUUUUUA